AUGAUCCACGCAGCAAGGGUCCUCAGCCCGGGGCCUACGGUCAGGACCAGCAGUCCAGAGCCUCCGACGAUGAUCCACGCAGCAAGGGUCCUCAGCCCGGGGCCUACGGUCAGGACCAGCAGUCCAGAGCCUCCGACGAUGAUCCACGCAGCAAGGGUCCUCAGCCCGUGGCCUACGGUCAGGACCAGCAGUCCAGAGCCUCCGACGAUGAUCCACGCAGCAAGGGUCCUCAGCCCGGGGCCUACGGUCAGGACCAGCAGUCCAGAGCCUCCGACGAUGAUCCACGCAGCAAGGGUCCUCAGCCCGGGGCCUACGGUCAGGACCAGCAGUCCAGAGCCUCCGACGAUGAUCCACGCAGCAAGGGUCCUCAGCCCGGGGUCUACGGUCAGGAGCAGCAGUCCAGAGCCUCCGACGAUGAUCCACGCAGCAAGGGUCCUCAGCCCGGGGCCUACGGUCAGGACCAGCAGUCCAGAGCCUCCGACGAUGAUCCACGCAGCAAGGGUCCUCAGUCCCGGGGCCUACGGUCAGGACCAGCAGUCCAGAGCCUCCGACGAUGAUCCACGCAGCAAGGGUCCUCAGCCCGGGGCCUACGGUCAGGACCAGCAGUCCAGAGCCACCGACGAUGAUCCAUGGGUCAGUGUAAAGAAGGGGGGCGGUCGUCCAGAACCAGAGCCGCCACCGAGGUUAGAUGUCCACCCAGACCCUGUCACGCCCUGA